AUGACGACCCUUCUUGACAAUACUGGCCUGCCGCUCUGGGUUUAUAUCGUCCUCAUCGUUGUUGGAUCUGUUCUUUUUCUGGUCCUCGUCGCCAUACUCUUGCGAUGGUGGUAUGUGCGACGGAGGGCCAAGUCGCCCGAAUACAAUGGCCUAACAGGGGCCACUCGUCGCAUGACCGUGAGACGUGGGAGGAUGGUACCCACAUCCCAACAUCUAUCUUUGACGGGAUCGAAAUUUGGAAUGCGACAAUUUGGAUUGCUUGCAGACAAUGAAUCCACGCUCACCGGGCGGAGAAGUCCCUUCGAAUGGUGGAACACAAUGGUCGAUAGAUCUCACUCUCGACAGGACAGUGUAUCCCAGAUGGAGGCAGGGUCAAUUCACACGCGACCCUCUUCCAGAGCCACUACUGUUAUGACCCGAAGAGAAUAUAUGACCGCAACGCCCACACGAACACCGGAGAAGGUCAAAGAGCCCGCGAUGAGAACAACCGAGCUCACUAUUCCUUCCCCAAGCCCUUCACCCACACUUUCAAGUCAUAGGCCCUCCAUAAAUUUCUCAAGGUCAUUUGCACAGAAAGUGCCUUCAUCUCCCUUAACUCAACGCUCGCAGUAUACAUUAUCUCGCAUCGAAGAACGCUCCCCACCCACUUCGACGAGCAGCAACAGCCCGAUACCAGCCAAACGAUCUUCUUACUUGUCUGCCAUUCAUCCCCUUGACAACACCCCCUUUCCAGGCACAGUCGUUGAUGCUCGACCGAGCUCAACUGCACUCCGGGAACCAGUGACCAUGACGACGGCGAAGAGCCAGCCGGCUCCAUCAAAUAUAUCUGUGCCGCUUGGUCAAAGUGGGAGCAGCCUAACAUCGUUCCUGAUAGGACCAACAGAUUGUGACUCUCAUCGUCUGAGCGCUUCCGCUGCCUCAUAUGCACACAGGCCAGGGGACCUUGGCCAAUCACCAAUUCCACCGCGCCCAAAAACCGCAGGUGCGGCUACCUCGACAUCACGCAGGAAUCUAUCGCAGGACGACACCCGAAAUUUUUCAACACCGCGGCGGCCAACGACGUUGGCUGUUCCUAAACCGGUGAUGCAAGCCACUAAUCGGCGCGGUGAGCCACCGCACCCGAGCUCAAUGUAUCAGCAAGCGAAUCAAUCCCAGCCGAAUCUGUCCAAGCGGUCAUCUACAGCGUCGCAGCGAGAGAGUGCGAAGCCAUCUAAUUCGAAAUCUGGAUCCCGCAAGUCCUCGAUAAGCAUCGGAACAAGCGGAAUCGUGUACGAGUCCCAAUUACCCGAUUACUGGACAUCGCGAACGGACUUGCAGGAUCUCUCUAGCACGCUUAGAGUGAGAGGAUCUGAGCCUCGAGCUUCCUUCAAUAGUGCCAGGCGUAAUGGAAGUAAUUCGGAAGAUGAGGGUGAGAGGGAUAAUAUAAUAGGAAUAGUGACUGUGCCCGGCAAAAACAACAACAGAGUUUUGCGGAAAAAAUCACUGAGGAGGUUGCAGCCACAGAAG